GCAAUCAUUCUAGUGACAUUGGCGUCGACCGGGGAGACUAGCGUCGACCACCAUGCCCUUCAGACUGCCGCCCCCGACCAGGCCUCUUCUUCGUGCACAGCUCAGAUCGCGGCCUGCAAACGGUCACGUCGCCUUCAUUCCUCAAUGUCGCAAACUCGUCUUCGAGUUUUGCAACAGAUGGCCGUCGUCCGCAAAUACCAGGACCUUCUUGACGAACCAUCUCGAGGAGUUUGCUCGUGCUAACCCUCACGUUGAAAUCGUCGUCAAGCAGCGUACACAGAAGGAGCCCAUUGUGCGCGGUUUCUAUCUAAAUGAUAGGGACAAGGUUAUUGCGCUCAAUGGCUUCGAAGUCACCGGUAUUGCAAAGAAGGUUCAGCUUCUACUCGACUCGUCCGGUGCAAAGAUCAAACCACUGAAACGCCGCACUGUCGAAAGUACGACGGAGGCUGCGAGAGGUAUCUGGAGUGGUCUUCAUGUGGAAGAACCAUUCAAGAUUUGAGCAUUGGGUCUCUUUUGUCUUCACAUUGGAAAUGCGGAAAAGUAUCACAAACGGUUACCCCAUAUUACCAUGCUUUAGAAGCCUGUACAGGUUUUGUUUAUCUAUUGUAUCACUUAAUGUACCGCCCAUGGAUUAUCGCCC